AUGACUGCUGCUAACAAUAACCCACGUGUUUGGUUUGAUAUUUCCAUUGAUGGCGCUGCUGCAGGUCGUAUUGUUAUCGAACUUUUCGUUGAUAGAGUUCCAAAGACAGCAGAGAACUUCAGAAUGCUCUGCACUGGUGAAAAGGGUGUAGGACGCUCUGGUGCAAAACUUCAUUACAAAGGAUGCAAAUUCCAUCGUAUUAUUCCACAUUUCUUGAUUCAAUCUGGUGAUUUCAUUUCAAAUGAUGGUACCUCUAACGAAAGUGUUUACGGACAAAGAUUCGAAGAUGAAAACUUCUCAGUGAAGCAUGAUCAGCCAUAUAUUGUUUCAAUGGCUAAUAGUGGUCGCAAUACUAACGGCGGACAAUUCUUCAUUACACUUGUUAAAGCUCCAUGGCUCGAUUUCCGUCAUGUCGCUUUCGGAAAAGUUAUUGAAGGUACUGAUAUUGUUGAACUUAUUCAAGCUGCUGGUUCUAGUAACGGUGCACCAAAGCAGACAAUUCUGAUUUCUGAUUGUGGUGAAAUUUAA